AUGGCGGAAGGGCACAGUCUGAGAGCUCCUGGUCCACUGGAUGUUAAUUCAAGAACCUUAAGUCUGACCUGGAAGCGUUGGAAGGAAGAAAUACUGUUAUAUCUUGAUCUAGCAGUAGAGGAUGACGCUGCAAAGAAGAGAAAGACGCUCUUGUACUUAAUUGGAGAAAAUGCACGGAAAGUGUAUGGCACCUUCACCAUUGUGAAUGCUCAGAAUGAAGCAGUUGCGGAAGCAGACCGAACUGUAGAGCAAAUCGUCGCAGCAUUUGAGACAUACUGCAAUCCUAAGAAGAACGAGACAGUAGAAAGAUACAAAUUCUUCACGAGAUCACAGAGCAAUGGUGAGACUUUUGAUGAAUACAUCACAGACCUGAAGACACUCGCGGCAGAGUGUGGGUUUGGUGAGAUUAGAGAGUCUCUGAUUCGAGACAGAAUACUCAUCGGCAUUUUGGACGGAAAGGUUCGCGAACGACUCCUGAGGGAGAGCAACCUAAGCCUUGUGAAAUGCGCAGAGAUCUGCCGAGCCGCAGAAGUCUCCAAGCAGAGCAUCCAGACGAUGGAACAGGUCACAGUGCACGUGGUAAAGAAGAAGCCACAAGCUCCGCAGGCCAGUAGGACAUCAGUUUGCAAAUACUGCGCCAAGAGACACGCAGCCAACAAGGAAGCAUGUCCUGCAUAUGGAAAGGAAUGCGCCUCCUGCGGCAAGCGAAACCACUUCGCGAGAGCAUGCCGGAGUGGUGAAACGAAGCAGCCUAGAAGCGGCAGAAGCCAGGCACAAGGUAGAAAGAAGCCCUUGGUGCACAUGCUGCAAGAAGAAGCAGUGAUGACAGUCACAGAAGAAGAGAAGACGUACAGCAUGUCAGGUCCCAGGUAUGCAAAGCAGGUGCAUGCCAGGAUGGCCCUCGAGGGACACCUGGUCACCUUUCAGCUAGACCUUGGCGCGACCUGUAAUGUAAUGCCAAAACACAUCUUGGACAGCAACAACAUCCAGUAUAAGACAACUGGAGCGCAGAGGGUGCUGACGAUGUAUAACAACUCACAAAUUGUGUCAGAGGGAGAGACAAAUCUCAAGAUGACAAACCCCAAGACUUGGCGGAGGUACGUGGUGAACUUUGUAGUCAUUGACUCUGGUAGUAUGCCAUUGUUAGGAUCUAAUGCCAUACAGCAGAUAGGGGUUGUGACGGUUCACUACGACAGAAUCCUGGCACUCAGUGGCAGCAAGCCCAGGCUCAUACAGAGUACACACAGCAAGGCAUUGACAAAAGAGUCCCUAUUAGAAGUUUACCCAGACGUCUUCUCUGGUUUGGGAAGACUGCCAGGAAAAUGCCAUCUUGAAGUUGAUGAGUCAGUCAAGCCAGUUGUGCAUCCGCCAAGAAGAGUGCCGGUGGCGAUGAAGGCACAACUACAGAAGGAACUGGACAAGAUGACGGAAGAUGGUGUCAUAGAGCCAGUGACAGUGCCAACCCCAUGGGUAUCCAGUCUGGUCACUGUACUGAAGCCAACAGGAAAGUUGAGGAUCUGCAUUGAUCCAAGAGAUUUGAACGCCGCAUUGAAGAGAAGCCAUUACCCUGCACCAACAAUAGAAGACAUCCUUCCCGAGCUGAAGAAGGCAAAGGUAUUCAGCGUACUUGAUGCCAAGAGUGGCUAUUGGCAGGUAGUGUUGGACGAAGAAUCCUCGCUUCUAACCACAUUCAACACUCCCAGCGGGAGAUACAAGUGGAAGCGCCUUCCCUUUGGGAUUAAAUCGUCCCCAGAGGAAUUCCAGAGAAGACUUGACCAAGCAUUGGAAGGGCUCGAGGGAAUAAAGCCCAUCGUAGACGACAUCUUGGUGUGGGGAGAAGGAGAAACAAUGGCAGAAGCCAUCUCACAUCAUGAUGCAAAUCUCAAGCGCCUCAUGCAAAGAUGCAGAGAGAGAGGUUUGAAGCUGAACGCAGAGAAGGUCAAGCUCAGACAACAAGAAGUACCAUUUCAUGGUCAUCUGAUCACCAGCCAAGGGCUGAAAGUGGACCCUAGCAAGGUCACUGCGGUGAUGAAGAUGCCAAGACCUGAAGAUGCACAAGGAGUGCAGAGGCUGAUAGGAUUUGUCACCUACCUAGCCAAGUUCCUGCCCAAGCUGAGCGACAUCUGUGAACCCUUGAGGAAGCUCAUCGCCAAAGAAACGAGUUUGAGUGGACCGAGACGCAUGAGAGUAUCCUAG